AUGCAGGAGCGCUUCAUCAUCGACCUGCUGCUGCUCCGUGAGUGUGUGUGUGUGUGUGUUUCUCAUCUUCUCCUGGUUUCUCCAGUGUCUCUGUCGGCGCUCCGUGUUUCUGCGGAGCAGGAGGUGGAGAAUCUCUCCGGACUUUCACCGAAUCCUGACCGGGAUAUAUUUGUAGUGAGAGAAAACGGAACGACCUGCUUGAUGGCAGAGUUUGCGGUGAAAUUCCUGAUUCCCUACGACGUCCUGGCACUGAACGGGAUCGAUCUGAUCACAGAGCAGACGUCCGUGUCGAUCCCGCGUGGAGCUCAGAUCGCUGGGAAAUGCGGGAGCAGUGAGUCGGAGCUGCAGAUCUCGUGGAUCAAUCACGCUUUCACAUUCCUCAUCUUCUUCUCAAAGGAGAAACACACCAGGGGCAGUGAUGGGAAAGCUAAAGAAACUGAAGUGUGGAAGAUAAACAAGGUCCAGCUGGUCUACAACACUUCAGUGGCGACACACUUCAUUAACGCGUAUAAUCCGGGGAAACACACGGCCAGCACACACCGUCUCUCUGCUCUGGUGACUCCGGCUGGACGCUCGUUCGUUUGCUCGGCUCAGCAGACGCUCACACUGAUCUCCAGCGACCAUCAGAAGGGAAUCACCGUCUCCAUCUACGACAUUCAGAUUCAACCCUUCGACAUCAAGAGCGACUUCGUCUUUAGUGAACCGUAUAAGUGCAUCACGGACGAGCGCGAGCAGCUGGAGCAGAUGUUGCCGCUGGUGUUGGGUCUCAUCCUGGGUCUCAUCAUCGUCAUCACCAUCUCUGUGUAUCACUUCCACCUCAAACUGAGCGCCGCGCAGCAGCCACAGCUUCCUCGAGACCGCUCGCUCUACAAGAACAUGUGAGGACCCCUGCAUUCCAGAGCCUCUCUCUCCGCUUCGUGUGUUGAGUGCAUGAGUUUAAUGACACUCGGAUUCAAUUUUGCUGUUGCUGUGUGGACAUUUUUGUUUCUAAGUUUACAUUUCACAAUUACGAAUUUUAAAGUCAAAUGCAAGACGUAAACAUAAUUCAGAGGACAAUUUUUAAUUGUAAGAUGUAAACAGAAUUCUGACUUUUUUCACACAAUUUUGAAUUUAUAUUACGCAACUCUGUUUAAAUCUCAGACUUGCUAGAUACUGUCCAAAUUAAAAAGUGAAUGACUUGAUGUGACCUUUGCUGUUUUUUAUUUCGAUUCUGAGGAAGCAGGUUUCUAGAGUCUGGUCCAGAUGUUAGGGCACUGCACCAGGGCCAAGAUGAGUGUGAAAAUAGAUUUUAAUUGAAAUGAAUGAAAUAUAAUGGUUUAUUAAAAAAAUAUAGUUGUCAAAUGCAUAGGCUUUCUAUCAUUAAUUUAAAGAUACUACAGCAACAGUUAGGACAGUCCAUUUCACAAAGUCGCAUUUUAAUUGUUACUCU